AUGAAUAAUUCGUACUCUCUAAUUUGUUGGAAUCUCGAAAACUUGGUUCCUUAUUUUCGGCCUGUACCAAGCAAUUCACCAGCAUCAACCAUAGAUGAGCAAAAUCAAUCUGCUUGUCCUGUUUGUCUGACUAAUACAAGGGAUUUGGCGUUUGGAUGUGGGCACAUGACUUGCAGAAAUUGUGGAUCAUGGUUAAGUCAUUGUCCUUUAUGUCGAGUGAGGAUCACUAGUCGUCUUAGAGUAUAUAAUGGAUGAUUAUUGUACAAUGCAUAUGAUGCACAUAAAAUAAUUUGCAUAUAUAAGUAUAUAAUUAAUGGUUAAGUCAUUGUCCUUUAUGUCUCUUUGAAGUCAAUAACAAUGGUGAUUGCAAGUGCAACUGGUUGUGUACAUGAGAGAUUCUCAGUUUAUCCAAUUUUGUAUUCCUAUUCUAACGAAUCUUCCUCACUCGGAGAAAAUAAGAACA